UUUUGCUUGUCAUGUAUUUAAUAUUGUCUUUAUUUUGCUCGCUGUCGUACUGUAGCUCUAUACAUAGUUACUAAGCUGAUUUGCUGCGUCAGUCCAAGUUAGGGAGGGGUGUGUGUGUGUAUGUGUGUUUGUGCAAUCUCGUCCGUGCGAUAAAGUAUUAACUAUUUCUCUUAUUUUCUCAUCUCGGUCAAAAAAUGACAACAUUAUUCGCCCAGAAACUCGAAAUGCGUAUAUGUACUCGAGAACUGGCACAGUAGCCUUCCGUAUCGUAUUUCAUUGUGUAUUUUCAUUUCCGUCAGCACAGGCUGUUGUCGCUUUAACAUUUUAUUCUUGAAUAGGCUGUUCUGUGAAACUGAAACUGUUUUCCCUUUAACUUAAUUAAACGAGUAAAAUGAAUCGAGACCUGUAGCCAUUUCGCAACUGAGAGGAGUCUUCUCCGGGGUAGUGAAGAAAGCGACAGCACAAAACGUUACACUUACAUCCCAGUGAAGAUUAUGCUUCUAUAAAUGAGGAAAUGAAUCACUUUUAGGUAUGCUAUUUAAAGAGCCCCGUCAAGCUCACUGUGUGGUUCCCUCCAGCCAGCUCUUUUCAUCUGCGAGGAUUAUAUUAGCACAGCCUCUUUAUUAGAAUUGGGCUUUAUAAUUUGCCCUAUUUAUAUUGUAUCCAAUUUAACGUAUUUAGAAUAGGAUGGUUUUAAUUGCUCUGUGUAGAUCGCCACAGUGCUUUACGUGUCAUUUUGACAUUAUUUUUUUUAAGGUAGGAACCUUUCCGACUAAUCGGCGAUGCCGUUCGCAUAUCAAAGCGACCCCCGCUGACACAAGCUAAAGCUUUGAAGUCCACCCAAAUCAUUUCCUCGUUAAUUCAUCCUCCACUGGGCAUCGUUGACGAGGCAUUUCACCCGUGAAGUUUGUCGUUUACGUUGAUUAAAUGUAACCACCUCGCGUUCGUUUUCCUGUCUCGUGCUGUAUGGAGGCUAUCCAGUAGCCUAUUAUGUAACAGGAUUCCCGAGUCGGAGUGCGAGGAAAACAUUAUCACACCCUGUGGAAGAACAUCACUUCUUCAAAACCAGCACUUUUGCUUUUCAUCCUGUUUUGUCCAAGUUCUGAUUGCUUUCGCCAGCCUGCCUGGAGAGCAUCUGUUUUGCCAACCACGGAUAAACAAAGCAGACCCAGUGGACACACUCAAGGUCAGACACACCUAAUCUUCACGCACCUGGUAAACUUCAGCAGUUAGCUAUGCAGCUUGAAAUCCAAGUAGCUCUCAACUUCAUCAUCUCGUAUCUGUAUAACAAGCUGCCAAGGCGGCGUGUCAACAUUUUUGGCGAGGAGCUGGAGAGGCAGCUGAAGCAGAAAUAUGAGGGACACUGGUACCCAGACAAGCCAUACAAGGGCUCAGGAUUCAGAUGUAUCCAUGUGGGGGAGAAGGUGGACCCUGUGGUGGAGAAGGCAGCCAAAGAGAGCGGGCUGGACAUUGAGGAUGUCCGCAACAACCUGCCCCAGGACCUCAGUGUGUGGAUCGACCCAUUUGAGGUGUCCUAUCAGAUCGGGGAGAAGGGGCCCGUCAAAGUGUUGUAUGUUGACGACAGCAAUGAAAGUGGAGCUAAUAGCGGGGGGCUUGAUCUGGACAAGGAGAUCAAGAACAGUUUCAAUCCCGAUGCACAGGUCUUCAUGCCCAUCAAUGAGCCUGUGAACGGAGCCUCUCCAGGCUCCAGCUCACCUUCUCCUCCUUUCGGCCACUCGGCAGCCGUUAGCCCCACCUUUAUGCCCCGCUCCACACAGCCUUUAACCUUCACAACAGCCACCUUCGCCGCAACCAAGUUUGGCUCCACUAAGAUGAAGAGCAGCGGACGCAACAACAAUGGCGGGAGUAGUGCUGGCAACAAGGUGGCACGUACCUCUCCCACCAACCUGGGCCUGAAUGUGAACAGUCUCCUGAAACAGAAAGCCAUCUCCACCUCCAUGCACUCUCUGUACGGGUUGGGCCUUGGCGUGCAGCAGCAGCAGCAGCACCAGAAGCCCUCAGCCCUGUCCCCCAAUGCCAAGGAGUUUGUGUUCCCCAGCCUUCAGGGCCAGGGCAGCCAGAGUGCUCUCUUUCCUGGGGACAGCUCACUCAGCCUCAGCCCACUGCAGUACAGCAAUGCCUUUGACGUGUUUGCGGCCUAUGGUGGCCUUAACGACAAGUCCGUUAUGGAUGGCUUGAAUUUCAGCUUGAACAACAUGCAGUAUUCUAACCAGCAAUUCCAGCCAGUUAUGGCCAAUUAGUACACGUAAAGGUACUACUUAAGCUACUACUUAAGACAGAAAUGACCAGAGAUAAUGUGAUGGGGGGUGGGGGGACAAAUACAAAUGCACAUUUCAAAAAAAAAAAAGAAAAAAGUAUAAACAAGAACAGAAUGUCAAGGAAAAAAAGGAAGAAGUGACUUGUCAGCUGUAAGAUCUAUGUUACGAGUCUAAGAGCAUGAGCCCGAGGGUGAAUUACUUUGCCCCCUUGAGUUAUACCUUUAGUACAAGAUGUCCAAGCUUGGUUUUCUAAACUUCAACAUGCAUCAUUGUUAUUUCUUUUGCCAACCAAGCACAAAUUAUUAUUAUUUUUUUUUAUGUGACUGUUUUAAGAUAUGAAAAAAGACAAAAAAACACCACCACAAGUCAUGGCCUCUUUCAGUAUUUAAACAUAACUGGACACCGCCAAUUUUUCAAGAGAUUGGCAUAAAUAAGUGGGAUUUCCUGGUCUUUUUUCUAAUUGUAUAAUUUAAUUUAGUACAGAGUUUGUAAAAUAUCAGAGUAUCUAUUGUUUCUACGACAUGGUAUUGCAUUUAUAUCUUUUUACUACUCCAGUGAUCUGUGAUGGCUGCAGCAACUUUAUGUUUUCUUUUUUUAUUGAAAUUAUAAAAUGAAUCCAUCUUAAAAAAGAAAAACAACAACAAAAAAAAACAAAAAACAUUGACUAUUCUCAAGAUUGUGUACAGAAUAUUCCGUAGUGGUGGGAUUUAAGAAUAUUUGCUUUUUUUGAAAAACAUAAGAGUUGUAUUUUCUGUUAAGAGUUUAAAGAUUUUUGCUAUAUUAUGGACAAAAUGUAAUCGUAUAUUAAUUUUGUACCUACAUUGUGCAAUACUUGAUAAAACAAACGGUAUAACAAAGUAUUUGGAGUCAGUGUCUUACAUGUUAAGAGGGACUGAUAGUUUAUUAAGUUUGUAUUAAAAAAACUUGAAAAUAA